GCUACUUGAGGUACAAGUUUUACUCUGGAAAAAAAAAAAAGUUAUAGUCUAAAACCGCUACUGAGGUACAUGUUUUACACUUGACCUCUUAAAAGGGGCAUUAUUGUUUAACCAGCUAGGCUAAUAGCUAAUUAUACUUUAAUGUUGCACACUAAAUAACAUUAUACAAUAAAGAAUUGAAUAUAUGUACUACAUACACACUAUUAAAUGCUUUUAAAAUUUCUAUUCAAAAAAAAAAAAAUGCUUUUAAAAUUUGACAGUUGCACAAUGAAGCUGAAAUGCAACUGAAAUGCAGACUAAAUUCAAAAGGUAUACUUUCCUGAUUUCCACUUUUCUCCUCUGCUCUACUCAUAAUAUUCAUUCAACUCUUUCUCUCUCAAUCUCUCUGCUGUCUGCUCCAUUGAAGUGUACUCCAAGUUUCCAUUGAAGCAUACUCGAGUUUUCUCUCCUCCAUUAAAGCUGAGUUUAAAAAAAUGGAUAUUAUUGGAACAGUGCUAUCAGCUGCUCAAACUCUGCUUGCAUCGCUGCAGUGUUCAGAGCUCCAAGAGAUCCUUUCAAUCUUUGGCUACAAAUCCCAGCUUGAUGAUCUCCGACGCACUGUUUCUGCUGUCAAUGCUGUGCUUCUUGAUGCAGAGGCCAAGCAGGAGCUCUCCCAUGAAGCACAGCAUCGGCUCGAGGAGCUCAAGGAUGCCGUCUUUGAAGCAGAUGAUCUGUUGGACGAGUUUGUUACCCUUGCUGAGCAGAAGCAACUCUUGGAGGCUGGCGGUAGUCUUUCUAAAAAGGUGUCUCGUUUCUUUUCUGAUAACCCGCUAGGUGUUGCUUAUAAAAUGUCUCGAGGGGUUGAGAAAAUCAGGAAGAAACUGGAUUCUAUUGCAUACAACACUCAAUUUAGCUUUAAGCAUGAUCCCGAGCCUAUUCAGAGGAGAAAGCUCGAGACCUGUUCUUAUGUGGAUGCAGGUGAUAUCAUUGGAAGACAGGAUGACUUAGAGAAGAUUAUUGGUAUGAUGCUCGAUUCUAAUUUGCAACGCGAUGUAUCUUUUCUCACGAUUGUGGGAAUAGGGGGGUUGGGCAAAACAGCCCUAGCUCAACUUGUGCAUAAUGAUCCAAGGGUUACAAGUGCAUUCCCGUUGAGGUUGUGGACUUGUGUUUCUGAUCAAGAUCAGAAGCAACUUGAUGUAAAAGAAAUUAUUUGUAAGAUUUUGGCUUCUGGACAAUCACAUGAGCACUCCACCUUGGAUCAGGUACAGAAACAGCUACGCGAUCGACUAGCAGGCAAAAAAUACUUGCUUGUUUUAGAUGAUGUGUGGUCUGAGAAGUGUGUCCAGUGGCGUGACCUGGAAAGAUUUUUAAUCGGAGGUCAAAGAGGAAGCUGGAUAUUGGUAACAACACGUUCAUUAGCGACAGCAAAAAUUAUAGGAGAUGGUCUAACAUAUGAGCUCCAAGGCUUGUCAGAUGAGAAUUCUUGGUGUUUGUUUGAAAGGAUGGCUUUUGGAUUACAAUCGUCUAACCCUGCUGACGACUUGGUCAAUAUAGGGCAAGAGAUUGUUAAAGGAUGUUCUCGAGUCCCCCUUGCUAUAAGAGUUGUGGGAAGUCUCUUAUAUGGUCAAGACAAGAGUAAGUGGCUAUCACUUGCGCAAAUUGGACUAGCCAACCUCAGAGAUAGCCAGAAUGACAUCAUGCCUAUAUUGAAGCUGAGUUAUCAUAAUCUCGAGUCUCCCCUAAAAAGUUGUUUCAGCUAUUGUGCAUUAUUUCCUAAGGAUUAUUGGAUAGCAAAGGAGAUGCUAAUAAGCCUUUGGAUGGCACAAGGCUAUAUCGUCCCUUUAGAUGAAGGUCAAAGCAUUGAAGAUGCUGCUGAGGAAUAUUUUUCAAUUUUGUUGCAAAGAUGUUUCUUUCAAGACGUAUUAAGAGAUGUGAAGAAUGGUGAUAUUGUGAGUUUUAAGAUACAUGAUCUCAUGCACGAUGUUGCUCAAAUAGUUACCAAACAGGAGAUUCGUGCAACACAUAACUUUUGCAGUAACUUGGAUAAUAAAGUUCGCCAUCUAUCUGUGACCAGAAACAAAGUUGAAAGAUGUUCAUUAAACAAGCCCCAUAUUCGAACGUUUCUUUUUGUUGGCCAAAGGAGACAAGUUGUUGAAAUGGAACAGUUCCGGGCAGAGGCAUUAUUGGCUAAUUGCUUUUGCCUCAGGGCAUUGGAUUUGAGUCAUCUAAGUUUCAAAACAUUGCCAGAAUCAAUAGGUGAAUUGUUGCAUUUGAGGUAUCUAGAUCUCUCGUGGAACAGCAGACUAGAAGUGCUUCCGAAGUCAAUUACAAAAUUAGGUAAUCUACAAACCUUAAACUUAAGUCGUUGCUGUCAGUUGAAAGAGCUGCCAAAAGAUUUGAGCAGGCUGGUGAAGCUUAGGACCUUGCUUACAUCUGAUUGUCGCAAGAUGACUUGUUUUCCCAUGGGGAUGGGCAAGUUGAAUUGCCUUCACAGGCUGAGUGAUUUUAUAGUGGGUGGUGAAGGGAGUUACUCAAGUACAAAGCACUGGCUUGGUGGACUGGAAGAUCUUAAGGCUAUGAACAACCUCAACGGUCACCUUGAUAUCCAGUUUAAGUGGCCUAAAUCUGUUGUUAAGGUAGAUGAGAGCAGAACAGAAGGACAUUAUCUAAAGAAUAAGGGACAUCUCAAGAGCCUUAAGUUUCUUUUUUGUCAUCAGGAGGUAGAUGGAGAUGUGGAUACUGAGGAAGCAACAAGAUUUAUGGAAGAGCUGCAACCACAUUCGAAUCUAAAGCGGUUAGACGUAUCAAGGUACCUUGGUGUGAGAAUGCCUGGUUGGGCAACCCUUCUCCCAAAUCUUGUACGUAUUCAUCUCGAGGUUUGCAAGGAGUUGGAGUACCUUCCAUGUCUUGGAAGCUUGCGACAUCUCAAAUCCCUCUGGCUUAAUAGUUUGCCUAAGUUGGAGUACAUAGAAAUUAGUCCAUCAGUUUUCAGUUCCACGCCUGGGUCAGAAUGUGCUCAAAGAGUAUCAAUCUUCCCCUCCUUGGAAAUCCUUAGGUUGUUGAAAUUGCCGAAGUUGAAAGGAUGGAGAGGUAAUCUUCAUCUCCUUGAAGAUAACAAAAACAUACAAUUAUGUGUCUUCGGUUUGACAAUAAUUGAUUGCCCAGAGUUGACAUGUAUUCCAUUGUGUCCCAAGGUUGAAUAUCUAUUCCUAAGAAACUUCAAUAAAAGACUGAAAAUAUUACAAGCAAAAAGGGAUGAAAAAAUAGGAGAAGUUCCUCCCUCAUCGGUAUUCUCUUGUGAUCCUGAAAAUUCGAGUAAAACUAGUACUAUUCUCAUUCCUAAAAUAAAGAGCGUGGUUAUAGACAAUGUGGUGUGGUUAAAUUGUCUGCCAAUGGUGGCUUUCCGGAGCCUUGAAAGCUUAUCAUUUGAAGGUAUUUGGUGUGAGGUAGAGAGCUUGGAAGAAGUAGAGGAGGUGUUUCGCAGCUAUUUGUCUUCUUUGCAAACCUUGAAAUUUGAAAGAUGUGACAAACUAAGGAGUGUUUGUGGAGCAUUAGAGCAUCUCACUGCCUUAAAGAAGUUAGUGAUACGGAACUGUCCAAAUGUGAGGCUUUCAGAAGAGACAGAGGAUGGCAGGCCAUGGCGAUCCCUUCAUCACUCCCUCCUCGAUUUGAGAUUUGAGGGUCUACCACAGCUAGUGAGUCUGCCUGAUUGGAUGCAAUCCUUAGCAGCCCUUGAAUACCUGCGUAUUUGUGAUUGCAUGAGACUCGAAUCAAUACCGAAUUGGAUGCCCAAACUCACCUCUCUGAAACAACUUCAGCUCUCUGAAUGUUCAGAAAGCCUGAAGAGUAGAUGUCGAAAAGAACCCCCGGGGAGGAUUGGUCCUACAUUAAACACAUCCCCAUUGUUAUAAUUCGAUAGGAUCGUUCUACUUAUUUCCGCUGCUUCUCUAUUAUCAUUGUUAUUCUAUAACCAGGUACGCCAACAAGUAAAUCAAGGAUUUAAUGCUACAACUGAAACUCUGUCAUACUUUCUGAUAAAUUUGGUUUGCCAAUUUCUGCAGUUAAUAAAAUAGCUGAUUGGAAUCAAAUUCUUGAUUUUCAGUUAUACUAUUACUUUUUUAAUUAUUAGGUUUAUGUCUUUGACCAGAUUGUCACUGUAGUAGGAUGUUCACUAUUACUUUGUAUUGUGCACUUUGCAGAUAGCUACAGAAAUUCAGAAAUUUUAAGUGGAAACUGUUGAGGAAGAAAGAGUUGUUGAUAAACAAGUGCAGCUACAAUACAAGGGCAACAAAGCUAGUUUCAAGGAGAAUGUUCACAUUAUAUACUUCUCCUAAAUUUGACCAACUUGUUAGUUUCCUAAUAUACUCUGUAAUUAGAACUACUGCUGUGUCACAAACUCACAAUAGUUAUUGUUACUUAUGUAGCCAAUAUCAACCUGUUUUGUUUUAAUUGUUUU